AUGGAGAUAAACAAGCCAUUCUUGGCUGUUGUUACAGUACAGUUGAUAUAUGCAGUGUACUUCGUACUCACGAAGCUUGCCUUCGAUGUGGGAAUGAACACUUUUGUGUUUGUGUGCUACAGACAAGCCGCCGGCACUCUUGUCUUGGCCCCCAUCGCCCUUUUGGUCGAAGGCAAAAGAGCUCCUCCUCUUUCAUUCUCGACUUUCGCAAAGAUUUUCAUGUUCUCCCUUGUUGGAAUUACGGUGAGCUUAGACGUGGUCGGCCUAGGUUUGAAGUACACGUCAGCGUCUCUUGGAGCCGCCACUACCAACACUCUUCCUGUUUUAACUUUCUUCCUUGCUGUUCUAUUAAGACUGGAGACGUUGAAUCUAAGGACGAGCCCUGGAAUAAUGAAGAUAGCUGGGGUAGGACUUUGCGUGGGAGGAAUUGUAAUAAUCGCAUUCUAUAGGGGCCCUUUGUUCAAAUUACUUCUCCACGAUCACUUGAUCAGUAGUUACACAGAACCGAUCCAAGUAAAUGCGUCGUCGAAGUCGACUUGGAUUAAGGGCGUCUUCCUCAUGCUGCUUUCUCAGCUGGCAUGGGCUUUGUGGCUUGUUUUACAGGGACGGGUGCUGAAAAGUUAUCCAUCGAAGCUGCUGUUGACGACUCUGCAGUGUUUUUUGAGCACGAUACAGUCGGGCAUAAUAGCGGUUGGUGUAACGAGAGAUCUUGCUCAAUGGAAACUUUCAUGGAACAUUAGACUUCUAUCUGUAGCCUAUUGUGGAAUAGUGGUGACUGGCUUUACAUUUUACCUGCAAGCAUGGAUCAUUGAGAAGAAAGGUCCAGUCUAUCUGGCCAUGGCCACUCCACUUGUUAUGGUCUUUACAAUCUUGCUCUCAGCAGCCUUCUUGGGAACAACUAUUAGCCUCGGCAGUAUGUUGGGAGCAAUUUUACUGAUCGGAGGGCUUUACUUCGUACUUUGGGGGAAGCGGAACGAGGAAAAAAGCCUAAAAAAGUUAUCUCAAAUUGAAGUCAGGCGCCGCUCUCGGGUCGUACUCGCGUCAAGGGGGAGCCACGGGAGCUGCAACAUCACAACCACGACCUUGGUUGCGACGGGUGGUGGUAUGGGCCAGGGAGAUGCACCGGCGCACGUUUCGAGGACUGGCGGGCCAUACAAGCGACUGUAG